CUUAAACGCUCCGUCGAGUGUUUGAAAUUUGCCAACGCGCAGCUACAAGUGAGCCGCGGAUUGUUGUUUUCCGUUAUAUCGCGUUGCGUCUCCAUCAAUCUGAACCUUCCCGCUGUUGAAGAAAGGAAAAAGGGGGAAAAAAAAGAAAAACAAGAAAGAUGUCUUCCCCCAACGCUGCUGGCCUCCACGAUCUGGACGCCUCGCAAUUGCGCAUCACGCCCACGACCAGUCUUCGCACUGUGCCCGAGCCGGACUCGGCCGAGGUCUGGGGCGUGAAGAGCUGUACCGAUCAUAUGGUGACGGUGACCUGGACUGAUGAUUACGGCUGGCACGCCCCGGAGAUCAAGCCGUACGGCCCGCUGACGCUGAUGCCGACGGCGUCGUGUCUGCACUACGCGACGCAGUGCUUCGAGGGCAUGAAGGUGUAUCGCGGGUUUGAUGGGCGGCUGCGCUUGUUUCGCCCGGAGAGGAACUGUGCGCGCUUGGUGCUGAGCUCGACGCGGGUGGCGCUGCCGGCCUUUGAUCCGCGCGAGUUGGAGAAGAUCCUCAAGGCCUUUUUGAAGAUUGAUGGGCCACGUUGGCUGCCGAAAUCUAGACCGGGAACCUUCUUGUAUCUCCGACCGGCGAUUAUUGGGAACGGGGAACAGUUGGGCGUCACUUCGCCCUCGGAGGUUCUCCUGUUCAUCAUCGCAGUGCCAUGGCCGGAUCUCUCAACUGGUAGUCCGCCUGGUGCACCACCUAGAGCACCGGGCCUGAAACUCCUUGCUUCCAAGACCGAGACUCGUGCCUGGCCAGGUGGGUUCGGAUACGCCAAGGUUGGAGCGAACUAUGGCCCAGCGUUCGUCAGUCAAAUCGAAGGACGAAAGAGCGGCUAUGACCAGAUCCUGUGGCUCCUGGACAACCAGGUUACCGAGGCUGGCGCUUCGAACUUCUUCGUUGUUUGGAAGACGAAGGAAGGCAAGCUGGAGCUUGUCACCGCGUCUUUAGAUAGCAAGAUCAUCCUUGAUGGUGUUACCAGGAGAAGCGUCCUGGAGCUUGCGAGGGAGAGGCUGGUUGAGGGCUCAGAGCACCUGACCUCCGAGGUAAAGGCUCUUGAGGUUGUGGAAAGAACCUAUACGAUUUUCGAGCUGGAGGAAGCGUGGAAGGAGGGACGACUGGUGGAGGCUUUCGUGUCUGGUACAGCUUACUUCAUAACUCCUGUAUCAGCCAUUAACUACCGCGACGAGGAUCUUGAUAUCCCAAUGGGAGACGGGACAGGUGGGCAUUAUGCUGGGCUGUUGAAGAAAUGGCUGAAGGAUAUCAUGUAUGGAAAUGUUGAGCACGAAUGGGGCGUUGUUGUGGACGAGGAGUAAAAAAGUGACGGGACGGUCU